CAUGGCGGGCGCGCGGGCGGCUCCGCGCUUCCUGCUGGUGUUCGACUUUGACGAGACCAUCGUGGACGAGAACAGCGACGACUCGGUGCAGCGGGGCCGGGCGCUGCCGGAGGAGCUGCGGCUCGGCGCCCGCGGCCGCCCCUACAACGAGCACAUGCGGCGCGUGCUGGCCUGGCUGGGCGAGCAGGGCGUGCGCCCCGCCGACCUCAGGGCCGUCUACGAGAACCUGCCGCUGUCCCCCGGCGUGCCCGAGCUCUUCCAGUUCCUCUCCAAGCACCGCCAGCUCUUCGAGGUCGUGCUCAUCUCCGACGCCAACGUCUACGGCGUGGAGGCCAAGCUGCGGGCGGCCGGCGCGCGCUCGCUCUUCCGCAAGGUCUUCAGCAACCCGGCCAGCUUCGACCGCCGCGGCUUCCUGCUGCUGGGGCCCUACCACAGCCACAAGUGCCUCCAGUGCCCGGCCAACAUGUGCAAGAGGAAGAUCCUGGGCGAGUACCUGGCGGAGCGGGCGCGGGAAGGCGCCGAGUUCCAGCGCGUCUUCUACGUGGGCGACGGCGCCAACGACUUCUGCCCCGCCGGGAUGCUGCGGGCGGCGGACGUGGCUUUUCCCAGGAGGGGGUACCCCAUGCACAGGCUGAUCCAGGAGCGGCAGGAGGAGCAGCCCGGAGCGUUCCAGGCCGCCGUGGUGCCCUGGGAGUCGGCGGCGGAGGUGGCGCGGUACCUGCAGGAGCUGCUCAGGAGGAAAUGCUGAGGGCAGGGCUGGGGGCUCCAGGGGUCUCAGCCCCACUCCUGCUCAGGCCCCGCUCCCGGGGAUUCUCCCGCCUCUCCCAGCUCCGGACCCUGCGCCCUUUUGCUGGCGCUGACGGGGAUUUUUCUUAUUUUUCUUUUUUUUUUCUUUUUUUUUUUCUUUUUUUUUUUGGUUGGAGUUGUUGCUUCCUUUCCAUUUUGGCCUUGAAAGAGAAAUUCCUAAAAAUCCUGGAGCCGGCUCCCGGUGGGCUGGGCACGUCCUUGCUCCUGCCAUCCUCCCCCUGGGCUGCCUGGGGGGCUCCUUCCCCUUCCUGAUCCCACCGGGAAUUCCAGCAGGGAAAUAAAUCCCCUCUCCCUGCGCUCCUUCCCUUUCCUGACCCCGCUGGGAAUUCCCUGGGCUCUUUCCCCUUUUCCUGACCCCACUGGGAAUUCCAGCAGGGAAUUCCCCUCUCCCUGGCCCAUCCCAACCCUCGCGCUGGGGUUCGCCGUCCCCUGGGAUUUUACUCUCCCGGUAAAACCCGCCGGGAGCAUCAGGAAAGCCUCGGGAAGGAGCCGGAGCCUCCCCGGCCCCAUAAACCCGGGCAGAGGAACCCGGGUGUCCCCGUUGUGUCCCCACAGUGUCCCCAUGGUGUCCUGGUGUCCCCAUGGUGUCCCGGUGUCCCCAUGGUGUCCCCACGGUGUCCUGGCAUCCCCACGGUGUCCCCACGGUGUCCCCACGGUGUCCCCGUUGUGUCCCAGUGUCCCCUCCCUGCCCGGAGCCGUUUCCCGGAUCUCGUGAAUUCCCUCGGACCCCAGGGAGGGACACUUCCCCCCCGGAGCUCCCGUGGUGCUGUGACGCCGCUGCCACCGCGUCCCCAGAGGCCAAACCCCCCCCCCCCACCACCACCGCAGUGUUAAUGAAGUAAUUAAUGACCCCUUCUAAUUGCACUCGCCGCUCUCCGGGGUUGGCUCCUCCCGGGUUUAUCCCGGGUUUAUCCCGGAUUGAUCCGCAGCCUUACCGGCCCCGAGGGCGGCCCGGCCUCCCCCGAGCCCUGGAGCCCCAAACCCCGCAGGACACAGCCAAAGCCCCCCGAGUUCCUCCUCUUCCUCCUCCUCCUCCUGCUCCCGCUCCCGUCCCGCCGCCUGGAGCUCGAAGCCAUGGAAUUAAAGACUGGGAUCUGUGGCUGCUCUCUGUAUUUGCAGGAAGCGCCAGCCCCGGCCCGAGCUGCUCUGCGUCCCUGGGGCUGCCGGGGCUCGGGAACGGCGCUGGAGCGUGCC